AUGACGAAACAUUCACCCGCUUUGCUCUCUCUCUUCAUCACCACUCUGUUCAAUCUAUUUAUUAUCACAAAUUCACAUUCAAUUCUUUUUAACAUUUCCAAUUUACAAUUUAACACUGACCAAUUAGUAGUUUCGUCCAACAACAAAAUUACAUUCGAACAAUUUAACCUUUCCGAACAUUUUCAAAACUGCAGUGGUAUUUCCAAGGAAGAAAUUCUCUUUAGCAAUGGUGGAGUGAUGUUUGGUGCGAUGGAAUCAUUUACUCCACAAUUUUCAUGUCAAAAGGUUCAUCUCUAUAGACAAUAUGAGAUUCCUCGAUUCUUUAAUAAUUGGUGGAUUACUUCUGUUUCUCAAAGUGUAUUCGAAACGAGUGAACGGUAUGAAUUGUGUGAAAAAGUUCAUAAUUGGGAAGUCAAGUUGAAUUUCACAAGUAAUCAUGCCAUGUCAGAGUUGAUGGAAUAUUAUAGUGUUGUUCAACAAUUUAUAUUGGAAAAUAGUAGCAUUUCGUAUAAUGAUUGGUUAAAUCAGAAGAAUAUUACCUUCCAAAUUAAUAAUAUUAGUAAUUUUACAAAUAAGGAAACAACAUUACAUGAUUGGAUUAAUUAUUGGAGAUUAUGUAAAUCAGCAAAUAAGAAUUUACAAUUAUUGAACAAUGAUACGAGUGGAUAUUUGCAACAAAAAAGUUUAUUAUAUUGUGGAUCAAUUGAAUUUGGAAUUCCAAUUUUAAUGAGCAGAGGAUUUAUUUGUCACUGUGUUGUAAAUGAUUAUUUUUCUGGAAAAUGUAAUGGAAACUUGAGUUUUUAUAGAAGUGUAAUAGGAUUUGUAUAUUCAACACUCUCCAUAGGAGGAAUUGGAAUUAUCAUUUCCUUUUUUAUUGUCUUCCUUCCAAAAUUAGUAUCAUCAAUCAAAACAAGGAAACUGAUCACUUUAAAUUCGAUAAUUAUUAAUAUCAUAGCCAUGACCAUUGGAUUUUCAAAUUUACUUUCCAUUUACCUGACUGGCUACAACCCUGCAAACUCAAUGGUAGAAUCAGCUAUUCUCAUCUUGUGCGCCUUGGCAUUAUUUCUUUGGUUAUUGAAAAAUUUGAGAAUGGUGCUAUAUAUCAAGAAUAGACAAUAUCCAUCCUAUAUCAAAUGGAUCUAUAUUGCUACAUACUGCUGUUGUUUCAUAUUGAUUGCUGUGUUUCUUCCAUUGUUAGAACGUUAUUACCAGGCUCAACUUCCAGUUUAUUUAUCAUUGGCUGUAGUGUUGAUUGUUUCAUUCUUGGUGUUCAGUUUGAUUGUAUAUAUAGUGAUGAGAAGGAGUACGGAUGUGAAUAUUAUCAAAUCGUCUUUUGUGAAAUAUUUAUUAUUUAUUAUUGGAUUCAUAAUUGUCUUGUCAGCAGUAUGGUAUUCAGGUACUGGAUGGGGUGCUUACUUGUGUGCAAAUUAUCUCUUAGUAUUUUCAUUGUGUUUUAGUAUUUCGUAUAUGGAAUUUGAAAAGGAAGAAUUUGAUUUUUUAUUCAAUAUCAAAAGAUGUGGAAAGUCAAAAACAAAACAACAAACAAAAUCAAAUGAAAUGUUACAAAGUUUCUUAACAAUAUCAGAAAAAGAAUCAAACUCUUCCUCAACGAGUACUUUAGAAUAA